AUGACUCAGAUGAAAGAGAGAAACACAAAUUUGCAUCAGAAAAUACUAUCUAUCUGUCAAGACAUGAUAUAUACAUGCUCUAGAGGCAAGUGUAGAACACCAAAGCAUGUAGAUUUAAGUCUAACAAUUCACCAGCUGGAACAAUCUAAAGAUGCAGUCCUUUUAAUCAAUAAAAAUGGACAUGAAAUAAGUUAUGAAGAGAAAGAGCGUAUUGACACAAGCUGGGCUAAAUAUCAACAGAAAGUAACAGUACCUUCAAACAGUAAACGUGGAUUAACUCUUCGAGCAGCAGGCGAUAAUUUCCACAGAGCUACAGAAUCUCUUGAUGGUAAACAACUAGAUAUUGUAAACAUGGUGUUGUAUCAGACUGAUGGUAAUAACAACAAUAAACAAGGUGGGUUUGCCCCAAAUCCAAGACCAUCAGUCAGGAGAAAGGGCAAGACGAGGACAAGUUCAAAUGCAAGAGAUACAAAAUCCAACAUCGGAAACACCAUUGCGGAGACAAACGUUGAAAUACCUAUCAAAUCCAGAUUUGUUCUAUUGCUUUGCUUACCGCUGUACCAGUACAGUCUCGCCUAUCCUAGACGACACAAAAUAGCCAAAAAUAUUCGUCAUGACACCAAAGCAAAGGAUCAUCCAUGCAGACAUUCUUUGGAUGUACAAAACAGGCUGUUCCCAGUGACAGUUUCUUUAAACGAUAUUCUACAUGAUAUUCAAGAUACUAAAGUUUAUAUUAGAGAAAGUAAAGAUGGUAAAACGAUAUUUCGCAUCACCGGUAGGGGAAAGUUUACCAUUUUUAAAAUAUCGGCAUUGUGUGGAGAAGAAGUUCUAUAUGACAUGAGUUUGGUUUUGGAAUAUUUUAGUAAAGAACUUAUACAACUUGGAGGACAGUUUAAAAAACUUCAGUCAAACUUAGUUUUAGAAAUUGACAAUACUCUUAAAUCUCUAUUAGACAGGACUAUCAGUCAUAUGAGAGACGCAGUUAUUUCAUUAAGACCAACAUCGGAAGACCCGUUUACCGCUGUUAAAAGUGUUCAUAAGGUUACGGGAAAGGAUACAUGGACGGGAAAAUUGUUAAAAAAGUACGUUAAAACUAUCUUAGAUUUAGAGCAUUUCAUACAAGCAUCGUUGUCUGUCAUCAACCUAAAGUAGCGAUUAGAAGCAGUCAGCUUAUAUAUA